AUGUAGUAAUAUUAACUAAUCAAUACUCGGGAAUUUCCUAAAGGUAAAUUGUUAUCUAAAGAAUGGCAUAUACGCAUUAAUAAUGGUUUAACUUAUGUAUUUGCUGUUGAUCAUGAUUAGGAUUUCAAAAAAGGUUCUGUAAAAUUAAAUAAUUGCAUACUUGAAACUAAAAUUAAGUAUAACCAAAUUUAUUACAAAGUCGUAAUCUCAAGUUCCCCAUCAAAAUUGAAAACUUACAAUUUGAGAUAGUAAUUGUAUAAGAUUAAUGUUUUCUGCUUAUGAAUGGAAGAAAUGUAGAAGUAUUUGAAAAUCCUUAAUUGGAUUCAUAAAUGAUGUUCUAAAGUCAAAAUUAAUAAUAAAAUCCAUAUUCUGAGAAUCAAAUUUAAGAAAUGCUUGUGGUAUGUGAUAGUAUCAUUUCAGCUUUGUUUGAUAUGGAUUUUAAUACUAAAUAACAUCAUAUCACAGAAUAAUUAUUAAGUUUGGAAACAUUUCUAAAUUAUACGUAAAGGUAAGAUCUAAGAACUCAAAUUUAAGAUAAAAUUCUCUAGUUUAAUUUAAUUCAAUAAUAAAUGGUAGAGUAAAUAAAUUAUGAAUAAAAUAACUAAUAAAUAAAAAAUAACGAAGAAGUUAAACAAUAAAAAAAAGAAGAAGUAAAGCCAUAAAAACCAAAAAGUGAAAUAUAAUAAGACACUUGUUGUAUUAUUUGCAUGGAUAAAGAUAUAACUCAUGCAUUAAUACCAUGUGGACAUUAAAAGUAUUGUGAAGAGUGUGCUCUUAUGUCUAUUAAUUUAAAGAAAUGCAGUUUUUGUCAAUAACCUAUAACAAGUAGUAUUAGAAUUUUUCGUUGA